AUGUCACAACAAUCAGAGGAUGCAAUCACAGCCAUUGACUAUAUACAAUCACAGGAGAGACUAGAGAAGGAGGCUAAGCGGUUGAUGCCAUUUGAGCCUGAUGAUUGUACAUACUCAUUGGGUGAAAUAAGGCAACCUAUAUUUGCUUGUUUAACAUGCUCAAAGGAGAAUAACAAUACAUCCAUCGGUGUCUGUUAUUCAUGUUCAAUUCAGUGUCACUCAACCCAUGAACUUGUUGAAUUGUUUAGCAAGAGGAACUAUGUUUGUGAUUGUGGUACUCUGAGAAUGAAACAUACUAUCAAUGGUGCAUGUAAAUUAAGAAAUCAAGUUAAUGAAGAAAAUCCUCGGAGUCGAUCCUCAUCUGGAGUUUUUAAAAGACCAAUUUCAUUCCCUGCAGAUGAUAUUCCAUCCCUGUCAAAUGUAUAUAAUCAAAACUUCAAAGGGCUAUUCUGUUCAUGUGAAAAACAAUAUGAUCCAGUGAAAGAAACUGGGAAUAUGAUACAGUGUUUCUUAGGAUCUGUUUGUGGGGAAGAUUGGUAUCACGAGGAGUGUAUCUUGGGAUACGAGCCAGGUACGUUCACAUCUGUUACUAAAUCAGAUAUUAAAGAAGAUAUUAAAUCAGAAGAGAAUGCAAAAGAGCUGAGUGUUGGUGAAAUAAAUGAAAACCUGGACGUAAAGGUUCCUCAUUUUCCCGAUCUCGAAAGCUUUGAUCUGUUUAUAUGUUGGAAAUGUGUAUCAUAUUAUGAAUCCGUGUUUCAAGCUUUGAAGGAUGAUACUGAAAUAAUUCAUUCGAUUCUCCCUCAUUUUGAUCAAAUAUCAAACUCAAAAGAGUGGUAUCAGAAAUACCAAAAUUUUAAAUCACAAUCUAAUCAGUCGGAAUCUGUUGGCAAAAAGAUUAAGUUAGAAAAGGACCCGACUAAAGCGACAUAUUCAAUAUUCUUAAAACUUGGGUUUAAGGAGAAGAUGAAAGAUCUUAUUGAAAUUUUAGGAAAGGAAACAGAGCUAUAUCAAUUUUUAAUUAGCAACGACUUUCUUUACAACAAUGAUCCAAUAUAUGAACCCCCUGAAGAGGAUAGUGACGAUGGUGCAUCCUCAACUACUGGCUCUUUGUUGGAUUUAGGUUCAGAGGCAUUACUGACUCUUCCAAGAGAAAAAGCAAUUGAAGGUAUACAGGCAUUGGAUAAAAUCAGUUCAAAACUUCGUGACUUCUUGAAGCCGUUUGCAGAACAAGGUAAAGUAGUAACAGAAGAUGAGGUGAGAGACUUCUUCGCAAAGGUUAAAGAGAAACAAUUACAAAAAUGA